AUGGCGCCCGCGAAGAUCGACUUAAAGACGCCGAAAGGCACCCGCGAUUGGGACGGCCAGGCAAUCGUGUUGCGCGAGAAGAUCUUCAACACCAUCAAAACCGUUUUCGAGCGCCACGGCGCGGUCACGAUCGACACGCCAGUGUUCGAGCUCAAAGAGAUCCUGACGGGCAAGUAUGGCGAGGACUCAAAGCUCAUCUACGAUCUUGCCGACCAAGGCGGCGAGCUGAGCUCCCUGCGAUAUGACCUUACGGUGCCAUUCGCACGGUAUGUCGCGCAGAACGGUCUGCAGCAGAUACGGCGGUACCACAUCGCGAAGGUCUAUCGAAGAGACCAGCCCGCCGUUGCAAAGGGCCGCAUGCGAGAGUUUUACCAAUGCGAUUUUGACAUCGCUGGCACAUAUGAUGCUAUGAUACCUGAUUCCGAGAUCAUCAAGAUUAUCAUCCAGAUCUUUGAGGCUCUAGGAUGGAACGGCAGGUAUACGAUCAAGACGAACCACCGCAAGAUCCUCGACGGUAUCUUCCAGGUCUGCGGCGUGCCGGAAGACAAGAUUCGGAGCAUAUCUUCUGCAGUUGACAAGCUCGACAAGAUGCCAUGGGCAGACGUCAAGAAGGAGAUGGUCAGCGAAAAGGGACUCCCUGAGGAGGUCGCAGAUAGAAUUGGCGAGUGGGUCGUCUUGAAAGGUGGAAAGGACCUCUUGGAGAAGCUGCAGAAGGACGAAUCCUUGGCAGCGAACGAGUCCAUGAAGCAGGGUAUGACAGACAUGGGCUUGCUGUUCGAGUACCUAGAUUGCUACAAGGGUGCUCUCGACGCUGUUUCCUUCGACCUAAGUCUCGCCAGAGGACUUGAUUACUAUACCGGCAUCAUCUACGAAGUUGUCACCGAGGGCUCCGCGCCCAGUGCACCUGCUGAUGGUGCCGCACCCGCAGCGAAGUCGAAACCAAAGAAGAAGGGCAAAUCCUCGGAAGACGACGACCGCUCGGACGAUCCGACAGUUGGUGUCGGUAGCGUUGCUGCUGGUGGCAGAUACGACAACCUAGUUGGCAUGUUCUCGGGCAAAGGCCAGAUUCCCUGUGUGGGUAUCUCAUUCGGCGUGGACAGGAUAUACUCGAUUACGCAAGCACGAAUGGCUGCAGAGAAGGCGGCGGAGCCUCGACCCAACAAGACCGAUGUGUUUGUCAUGGCUUUUGGCGGCAAAGGGUUUGACGGCAUGCUGAAGGACCGCAUGAAGAUUUGCGAUCAGCUUUGGGAGGCCGGCAUCAGCACGGAGAUGCUGCACAAGGUCAAACCCAAGCUUCAAGCUCAGUUCAAAGCUGCCGAUACCAACAAGGUCCCCUUCGCUGUCAUUCUCGGCGAGGAGGAAUUAGCUGCAGGCCAGGUCAAACUCAAGCAAAUGGGUCUGGGCGAGAAUCACCCUGAGAAGGAGGGCGUGCUUGUGGCGAUCACCGAUCUUGUAGGUGAGAUCCGCCGCCGCCUCGACCAGAUGCACCGACUCGAGCAGAUGACACAGAGUGCCUCGGGUCUGCGUGUGGUAGACGGUGUGAGGGCGCAUAAAAGCUGUACGGGUCCUACCGCCAUGUAG